AUGACCAAAUCAGUUUUCUCCAUCUUCUUCUUCUUUUUCUUCACCGUCUCUCUUCUUCUACUUCUCGCGGCGACUCUGACAAGCGCAUCAGCAGGGAAUGCCACAAGUGAGUUGAUAUAUGGCGGAUGUGCUCCCGGAGACACCGUUGGAGAAUGCAUAACGGCGGCAAAUGAGGAGAAGGAGGAGGAGGAAGGAGUUGAGGAGCAGGUGGUGCGGCGGAUCUUGCAACAGAGGAGGCAAUUAAGCUACGAAGCUCUGCAGAAGGGGGCGCCUUGUAAUCCUAAGAUCUACAGUAAUUGCAUCGGACAAGCUAAUGGGCGAGCCUCUACUUGCACUUACUUUAACAGAUGCAAACGUGCCUAA